AUGUCAAGAGCUCAAGUGUCGGUAGGCUCAUCUGUCGAGGCUCAUUUGCCGGGGCUCAAACGUCAGAGGCUCAUCUGUCGGUGUAUCCCUAAUCCCGAUCGUGAUACAUUUUUACAUACCGAUCGGGAUAUGCUUGCUAAUGUUUUUAUGAAGAUAAAUCAGCGACCAGCGACCGACAGUGCUGGAUCAAGCAAAGCAUCUAGUGAAUUUAGUUUUGGAACGAAUCCCGUCUCUCCGCUCAAGAAAGCCUUGCGCCACUCAAUCAACGAACCGAAGGUGACAAAUGAUCAAUCACCAAAGAACACGUCUUGUCAGCUCUCACCGCAAUCGGAAACAAUUAUUGAUGGUUACACAAUACAAUGGCCAAAAUUUCAAAUUCGAAAUGCUCUAUUUCAAGGUCAAUCGUACCCAAUUAAUAAUACGUGUAAUGCCGAUUCGGCGUUAUUUGCUCUUUAUGUCUUAUAUCGAACUGAUCUCAACAUCGCCGAAGAACUUAUCAAUGCUUCAGAAAAAUCACCGUACGGGGCACUUUACAAAACUUUUCACCUGGUCGAAACACAAGGGUGGGAUGCUGCGCGUAUUAAUUGGCUGCUCACACACAACCGUUUGAAAACAUCUGAUCGGCAAACAAAGAGCAUGUUUGGAUCAUUAGAUGAAGACGUUUUCUGCUUUAUCAAAGGUCAACAACGUCACUCGAGCACAAUAAUAUGCUCAAGACCAGAGUGCAAAGGUAGAAAACGUACUGUUACAAGUACAGAGUUACCUAUGUGGUGA